AUCCGCACGCGGUACACUAUGAUUCUUCUUAAGGACCCAGAAAGCGCCAUCUCCGAAUGCUCACUAUACCGAUGGUGACCAAAAUCCAAAGCUCACAUCGAUAUUCUAACCGAUCGGAGGAAAAAUGGAGCUAGAUUUGCAUACGACAUAAUGGACAAGGGUAGCUCAAGCUGUUUACCUAACAGGAGCUGGUCAAGAGGUAGGCAGAUACAGAGGGGUAUGAGCUUCCCACAGCUAUUUAUUUCACGUUCCCGCGAUCCUGUUGUUUCGUUCCGUCUGUAAUAUCCUCCGUUGCUUGCUUUUCAGCUUCAGAACCUGCAACAAUGAAGCUUUCUUCAACUCUUCUUGGCUUCGCAGCUGCUGUCGCUGCCCAUGGCGACCAUGACCACGACCAAGAGCCAUUGGCUGGCCCGCACGAGGGAUUGUGGUACAAUACGCUUCCUGGCGAUGGUGGAAAACAAGCAGAUUCCAUCUUCUCCGGCAUCUCCACGUUCGGCCGUCUCAAGUACCACCCAUGUCUUUCUAGCGAUGUGAAAUACGACAUUGCGUUCAUCGGCGCUCCAUUUGACACUGGCACGUCGUACCGUCCAGGGGCCCGCUUUGGGCCCAGCGGCAUUAGACAAGGUUCUCGCCGGCUCAAUCUCUAUGGCGGCUACAAUGUUCCGCUCAAGGCAAACCCUUUCAGCUCUUGGGCAAAGGUCAUCGACUGUGGAGACAUUCCGGUGACAUCGUACGACAACGCCUAUGCGCUGCAGCAAAUUGAAGAAGGCCACAACCUCCUCUUGAGCCGCGCUCCAUAUACGCAUGCUGAUAAGCCGGGCCCAUCCAAGAAGGGCACGACACUUCCACGACUGAUCACACUUGGUGGUGACCAUACCAUUACACUUCCCUUGCUGCGCUCCAUCAACCGGGAAUACGGCCCUAUCAGUGUCAUCCACUUCGAUAGUCAUCUUGACACAUGGAAGCCCAAAGUUUUCGGUGGCGCUCCCAGCGAGCAAGCCAGUAUCAACCAUGGAACAUACUUCUACCAUGCAGCGCAAGAAGGCCUCCUCGCCAACGACUCUAACAUCCACGCCGGCAUCCGCACGACGCUGUCUGGACCCUCCGACUACGAGAACGAUGGAUAUUGUGGCUUCCAAAUUGUCGAGGCCAGGGAGAUUGAUAAGAUUGGUACUGAUGGUAUCAUCAAGAAGAUCAAGGAGAGAGUCGGUACUACGAAACCUGUCUACCUGAGUAUUGAUAUUGAUACCCUUGACCCUGCUUUUGCGCCUGCAACUGGCACGCCUGAGACUGGAGGCUGGACCACGCGCGAGCUUCGCACCAUCAUCCGCGGUUUAGAGGGUAUCAACCUCAUUGGAACCGACAUUGUCGAGGUCGCUCCCGCUUACGACACCAAUGCUGAAUUGACGACCAUGGCCGCUGCUGAUGUUCUGUACGAGGUUAUGACUUUGAUGGUCAAGAAGGGACCCCUCAGCGAACUAGGCAAGCAAGAGACAAUUGAGCUAUAAGAUGGAAAGAUGCUGGAUGUAGUUAAUAGACGUUAAACAAACAAAGCAUGGUGUGUUCUGGAGCGGAGCUUGGGGAAACAGGGUCCUGUUGACUGUAGAGCGGACUGCGCAGGCAGUAUUUGCGGGACGAGCAGGGUAUAGGUGACGACAAAAUACAACUGCAUUCGAGAAAAGGUGUCAAGACUAGUCAUUCGAUUUGUUAUUUUGUGUCUGGUAUGAGUCGGGAUGACAGGUCACGCUGCGAAGUACAGAGGGGCGAAGGAAAUGAUCUUCGCGAUCGCCAGCCAACCACACGCUUUGGCUUGGUAAUGGCACCUUGUGCCGGGAUUUGCCGCAGAUGACAUAGGCUUCACGAAUUCAGCAACAAUCACCCGUCGUCCCUCA